AUGAAGAAAGUAUCAGUUGCCGAUGUUAUUGGUACACCAUCUGUAUGUAAAGUACGUGCAUUUCGUACACCUGGUCAAAUUAUUUCAUUAACAUCAGAUUUUAGUUUUUCAUCAAGUGAAUCCGAUUUUGAUCAUUUACAUAUUUCAACAUCAACACAUAGUAAUCCGGCUAGUGUUACAUCAAAUGAUAAUAUUCUAAUAAAUAAUAGUUUUCAUCGUUCAUUUUCAUCAUCACGUAUUAUUGAUUGUAGUUUACGUGUUUAUCGACAACCAUUACCUUUAUGUAUACCUGAAAAUGAACCAAUAUCAUUUGGACAUGAUGAUAUUGAUGAACAUGAUGAUGCAAGUACAAGUAAUAUAUCGGAUUUUUUAUUUUGUAGUCCUAAAGGACGAUCACCAACAACAUUACAAACUAUUAAACAACAACCACGUAUUUAUCCAAAAACAAUAUCAAGAUUACUUGCAUCAUCACCAGCUCAUCAAAAUCAAUUUCGUUUAUUUCGUGGAAUGGGUCAAACAUUAAAUACAGCAACAACAAGUACUCUUGCUGUUCCAACAUCAGCUUCACCAUGUUUAUCACCAAUUCGUUAUUCACUUGAUAUAUCAUCAAUUAAUCAAAUUCAAUCAACACAUAUUGAUGAAGAACCAAUAGAAACAAUACAACCACCAAAUCAUCGUUCACUACCAACCGAUGAUUGUUCAAUGAAGUCGGUAUGUCUAGCUCAAAAUGCCUCAACUGGUCGAAUAUUAACUGAUGUAACUAAUAAUACAUCAGUUCGAAGUAGUUUUCUCAAAUCACCAAUACAUCCAACUGCUUCAGGACCUGUUUUGGGUACACCAGAUUAUCUUUGUCCAGAAAUCUUAAUGCAAGAGGAAAAUCAUACUCAGGCUGUUGAUUUUUGGGCACUUGGAGUAUGUCUUUUUCAAUUUCUUGUUGGUGUAACACCAUUUUCUGAUGAUUGUCCACGUGCAAUUAUAUCAAAUAUUUUAAAUUAUCGAAUUGCAUGGCCAGACGAUGAUGAAAAUCAAUUAGAUGAAGAUGCAAUAAAUGCUAUUAAAGGUUUACUUAGUUAUGAUCCUAGUUUACGACUUGAAUUAGAUGAUCUUAAAAAAGAACCUUUUUUUAAUCAAAUUGAUUGGGAAAAUCUAGCGAAUACAGCUGCACCAUUUAUUCCAGUACCUGAUAAUGAUUCUGAUACAUUUUAUUUUGAAGGUGAAUUAUUCUCUCGAAAUCGAGCAAUCGGCUUUGAUGAAGAAUCAGUCGAUUAUCUAUCCAUGUUGUAA